UAGUUCGUGAUUUGAGAAAUGAUCAAACUGACGAUGAAUUCAGAAAGUUUUUUCGAAUGUCACCCCAACACUUCGAUAUUUUGCUUGAAAAAGUGAGUCCAAUUAUAGCCAAGAAAGAUACAACCUUCAGAAGACCGAUAUCACCAGAAACCAGAUUAACCAUCACCCUUCGUUAUUUGGCAUCAGGUGAUUCGUAUCGUUCUUUGAUGCUUUUAUUCAGGAAUACAAAUCAUUUAUGGAAAAGUUGCAAAUACUCAAAUUUCCGUUUAAUCGAACAGGUUCCCCGAACGCAAAAUGAAUGGAACAAAAUUGCAGAAGAUUAUUACGUUCAGUGGCAAUUUCCGAAUUGCUUGGGUGCCCUGGAUGGAAAACACAUUACAAUUCGUUGCCCAAGUAACUCAGGGUCUCUUAACUUUAAUUACAAACAUACAUUCAGCGUGGUUCUCAUGGCAUUGACGGAUGCAAACUACAAACUGAUUUACAUUGAUGUUGGAUGUAAAGGCCGAAUCUCUGAUGGAGGUGUUUUCAAUAGAUGCUCACUAUAUCAAGCGAUCGAAAAUAAUUCCUUGAAUAUACCACCACCGCGGAGUCUGCCAGGCUCAAAUGUUGUAGCACCGUUCGUAAUCGUUGCUGAUGAUGCUUUUGCUUUACGCCCAUAUCUUAUGAAACCUUUCAACUUCCGCGGCCAAGAUCAAUCAGAACAGAUAUACAACUACAGGUUGUCUCGUGCGCGCCGUAUGGUUGAAAGCACCUUUGGCAUGUUGGCGUCCAAAUUUCGAUUGCUGCGGACCACCAUAGAGCUAAGUGAACAAAAUGUAAAGCUCUGUGUCUUGGCCAUUUGUUCUAUUCAUAAUUGGUUAGCUACUAUUGAUCCAGAAUCAUAUUUAGCAUUAGAAAUAAAUCAGGAAGAAACAUUGGAUAAUUUGGGCGGUGUAGCGAAUGAACAAAGUAUUUCAAAUGAAAGAGGAAAAAAUAUUCAAGAAAUCUUUAAAACAUAUUUCACCUGCGAAGGACAAGUGCCUUGGCAAUAUGAAAUGAUUUAA